AUGGAGGACCUAAAUGGUGACUAUUUCUCAUUGCUAGUUGACGAAUCUUGUGAUGUGUCACGUAAGGAGCAAAUGGCAAUUGUUUUGCGAUAUGUUGAUAGAUGGGGAUCUGUGGUGGAACGCUUUAUUGGGAUUGUUCAUGUUCGUAAUACUAGUGCUCUAUGUUUAAAAGAAGCAAUUGUGAACUACCUUGCUCAACAUUCUUUGAGUUUAUCUAAUAUACGUGGACAAUGCUAUGAUGGAGCAAGCAAUAUGCAAGGGCGUCUAAGUGGCCUUAAAAUUUUGAUUCAACAGGAAAGUAGAUCAGCUCAUGCGAUUCAUUGUUUUGCUCAUCAACUUCAAUUGACUCUUGUCGGGGUAUCUAAAAAAUGUCUUCCAGUUGGAGAACUUGUAUUGUUGGUUUCUAAUGUCUUAAAUGUAGUGGGAGGUUCUUUUAAACGCAUGGAUGAACUUCGAGAAUCUCAAGCAGAAAAAGUUCAAGAGGCACUAGAUAUGGGCGAGGUUGAAACUAGUAAGGGCUUGAAUCAAGAGCUUGGUCUUGCUAGAGCUGCUGAUACUCGUUGGGGUUCACACUACAAAUCAUUUAAGAACUUCAUUAGUAUGUUUGGCUCUAUUACUGAUGUUCUUGAUACUAUUGUUGUUGAUUCCGAAUGUGUUGAAGAUAGUUGUAAGGCAACAGGAUAUCUUAGAGUUUGUCAAACAUUUGAAAUUGCUUUCAUAUUGCACUUAAUGAGAGAUAUUUUGGCGAUUACAAAUGAGAUUAAUGAAUCCUUACAAAAGAAAGAACAAUAUAUUGAAAAUGCCAUGUUACUUGUUAAAGUGGCGAAGAAACGAUUUCAAGAUCUGAGAGAAGAAGGAUGGAUUAUUGAUUGGCAACUUCAAGAAUUCAAUGAUCGUUUUAAUGAGGAGAGAACGGAUUUGCUUAUUGGAGUUGCUUGCUUGAAUCCAGUUGACUCGUUUUCUAGUUUUGACAUUAAUAAAAUAUUGAGAAUGGUUGAAUUAUAUCCUGAUGAUUUUGGUGAAGAUAUAAUGGUUACUCUUAAAAAUCAGCUUGAGACUUAUAUUGUUGAUGUCCGUGAUGUUGAUGAAAGGUUCUCCAACCUGAAAGGACUUGGCGAUCUUUCUAAAGAGCUAGUUAAGGCAAAGAAACAUUUAAAUUAUCCCUUUGUGUUUCGCCUUGUAAAAUUUGCAUUGCUCCUACCGGUCGCCACCGCUACAGUUGAAAGAGCUUUUUCGGCGAUGAAGUUGAUAAAGAGUGAAUUGCGAAAUCGAAUGGAUGACGACUUCAUGAGCGGUUGUAUGGUGCCUUAUGUAGAAAAAAAUAUAUUUAAGACCGUUUCUGAUGAGAGUAUUAUGAAUAGCUAUCUGUUUGGAAGUGGAGAGCCUGCUAACAAUUCUCAGACUACUCGCAACCAGGAAAAGGCUCCAACUAAUGAUCGUGCCCCAAAGCCAAGCUGCUUCAACUACAAUGGAGACAUCCUAUUUGAUGGACAAACAAGGAAGGAAGAGUCUGCUGCUCAUAAGCUUUACUAG